AUGCGAUUCGUAAGUGAAACUCAGCCCUUUCUACUCAACACAACCUACUAAUUUCCAGGCAGAAUAUUUUCGUGUUCAGCACAGUUUGGUGAAUCGGCAAUUGUCGAAAAGUGAGUUUCGCGGCUGAAAUUCUGACUAAAAUAUGAAAUUCUAGAGAAACAUUGAUUUUUCAGAAUUUUCGGCGCAACAAAAACAGCAAUCAGCCAGGAAUUUGGGAUUGGUGCCAAAUACUGUGCAGGAGGUUAUUGUGUGGAUGUCGACUUCCAAAGAAUUCCCAAAGUUCAGGGUAGUGGUGAGAAAUUCCAAAAUUUCCCUUAGAAGCUCCUCAAAAACUUUUUUUCAGAAAGCCAAUGAUUUGCCGAAGAAGCCAGAAGAUCCUCUCAUCCAGCAAAAUCUGCGAAAAAUGCUCAAAAACCUGUAG